AUGGUCUUUACUGACUCUAUGGGCUCGGCCCAUAGAGCGGUUGACCCCAGCGUGCAUUCUGGCCAGGCUUUUAGCCUGUCAGUUUGUCGCGCUCUUCAAGAGUGGUUUGAGGCGGAUGAUCUCCGCCGCAUCACCUUCGUCUACGUCCCAUCCGCUUUGCGGUGGGAUAUCCAUGGUGAAGCACACAAGUACGUCACUGAACUUAAUGUCAGGGUUGGACGUCGUAAGACAGACAACUCUAUAGACACGCUUCGCUCUCGAGCUGCGCACUCAGUCCUGGAUGCGUGGAAUUCCACUUUCCAGGAUCCAACUUACCAAGGCUCUGAAUUUUUAGAGCUUCAACAGCCUGACGGGCGGCUACUACAGCCAUCGUACCUCAAUGGGGGACCUUGGCUUUCAACCUUCGGACACAGUAUUACUGAGUUCGCCUGCGUUUGCCGGUGUAUAACUGGCCACGCACCCAUUGGAGCGUAUUAUCGUCGCUUCAAGAUCAAUGAGCCUCACGGCUGCACUUGCGGGGCUGCUCUGCAGUCUCGCCAGCAUAUUCUCUUUCGCUGUCGCGAUCGCUACUCUGUGCAUUACCCCCGCUUUCUUGGGGAUAUUGCAGCUUUUAUGAAGUACAACCCUACGGUGUUUGGCUUCACCCGGGACCCUUCGGGGGUCGGAUAA